AUGCCUUCGGGCAAUAAGAAGAAAAAGAAGCCGGCAGCGAAUCCUGCACGUGGAGUUGCCACAACCUCGAUCCAAUCAAAGGCCAAAGCAGAACCGACUACAGAGUCAGAAAGCACAGGACCGUCCAAGACCGCGACACCCAGCAAGACGGAAGCGAAGGCCGCUGACGACAAGCAUGUGGACGCUACCGACAAGUCCUCAGAGCGUGAAGCCCACGAGCUUAGCCCGGACGAACUCGAGGCGCAACUGGAAUCCGCCGAGCUGCAACAGUUCGUUGAGAAAUAUGCCGCCAAAGUUCGGAAGGAAGCCUCGAGGCAAGCAACGAGACUUCAGACCGAUCGACGUCUAAUCCGGGGGCACAGUGAUUUUGUUUCGGUCAAGAACUGGCUACCUGAAGAGUUGAUGCAACUCAUAUUUGACUAUGCUUCAGCCGCUGAGGAUCAGUCAUCGUCGUCUGGCAAGCCGAAUUUACUUCUGUCCAAUGAUGAUCUGGUCGCAAAGGUAUGGACACUCCGGGAUGUUCUCCUUGACUUAGUUUCUACAGAACGGGUCAACGAAGUCAUUGGUUUCCUUCUCAACAAUUCCCCUCCAGAGAACAGCGCGGGCCAGAUAUGGGGGCUCGAUGGGGCUUUGAACUGGUUGGCGAUUCAUUGUGAGCCUUCUGAGCUUUCGGAAUACGAUGUCGAGCAGACAAAGACGAACGUCGCCGCCAUAGACGAGUCAUCCGAGUUGGAGAACGAGAAUGCAGCUGUAAAGUCGCCCGUCAAGCACGAUUCGCCGCAGUCGGCCCAUGGUGAGGGCGCGGAUGGUAACGCAGCUCCAGCAGAGGAAGACGUUGAAGUCAGCGACAUUGACAGCGAUCUGGAGCCCGACGAACUUCUGUCCGUGUAUUUGAGAACUAAAGCCAAGCUUUACGAGGUCGAUCCGUCGAUCGAUGAUACAAAGUACAAAAAGAAGAAAGGCUCUCGGCCCAAUGGACCCAAUACUUCUGGUGCCAAUGCUGCAAAAGGCACGCGGAAAAUACGACAGAAACUGGAGACCAUCGAACGUGAUACACUCUUUGACCGCAGGGAGGCAGAGGCGCAAUGGGCGGACAAGAGGGUUGAACUGGCAAAGGAGGCUGCGGAUAGGAGGAAGUGGCAGCUGGACCAAGAGCCAAUGAAGAAACCUUCUGCAGCCCAAAAUCAGAAUCAGGACGAGUCGAUGGAUGUCACCCGUCAAGCCGAGCGCGAAGCCGAAGGCCUCAUGGAUGACGGCAACGAAUCUGACAACGACGCCCUACUGGGCGGCAUGUUUGACUCAUUACCUGGGGUUGCUCAACCGGCAGGAAGCGAAGACGUGGGCGGUGAUAGCCCACAGAGCGUCACGAUCCGCGACUUUGGUCGCUUGACCGGCAUGGCGCCACGUCGCAUCUUCGAAGAGGCGUGUCGUGCAAGAGACUCAAAAUGCAAGGCCGUAUACAAGCAAAUCUCGCCCACGACAUACUCUUGCCGGCACUCCGUCGUCGUGCAAUGGUCGAAAGAACAGGACCCGAUUGACGCAUCUUAUCUGCCGUCUGUAUCUGUCCGGAGCAAGCCGCUUCAAACCAUGGUGGCUAUGAUACAAGAAGCGACUCCGGACACAGCACAGAGUGAGGCGUACGUCUCGACGGCAGCGUUAUUUGUCAUUUUCUCAGGCCGACCGAAGGAAGAGAAAGCGUUGUUGAGGCUGCCACCUGCGUUCCGUAGCCUGUGGGAUGAGUUUGCGAGCCUCAAACACGAGCACUCGGAUGCGAAAGACCGCGAGACAGUGAAAGACCUUCGUACAUUGGUCGAGCAGCAUAUGUCUGCAGCAGAUGAAGUUGAGGAAGACGAAGUGGUCUUCAAAGCCAGCAACAAACGUUUAAACGGCGCAACAAGCGGUGCUUCAACUCCGGUCACUCGCCCGCAGACGCCAACGCAACGAGGACCGGAUAACAACUCACAGCAAUUGCAAGAGAUGUGGACACGAAAAGUCGAGGCGCCCUCUUACCAGCGGAUGUUGCUCGGCCGUAUGAAUUUACCGAUGUUCCAUUCGAAAGGUGAGGCGCUGGACGUCAUCGCAAAGAAUCAGGUGACUAUAGUUGUCGGCGACACAGGCAGUGGUAAGUCAACGCAACUGCCACAGUUCCUUCUCGAGGAUGAGCUUUCGCAAGGCCGGCAGUGCAAGAUCUACUGCACCGAGCCUCGUCGUAUCUCAGCCUUGUCACUGGCUCAAAGGGUCAGCGAGGAGCUUGGUGAGAACAAGGGCGACCUUGGGACGCACCGGUCGCUUGUCGGCUAUGCCAUCCGCCUCGAAUCACAGACAACAGCGUCUACGAAGCUGGUAUACGCAACGAUCGGCAUUGUCCUCCGGAUGCUUGAGAGCGCCAACGGUCUCAAUGAAAUCACCCACCUUGUGCUUGAUGAGGUGCACGAACGCAGCAUCGACACCGACUUCUUAUUGAUUGUCCUCAAGACUCUCAUGGAGAAGCGACCCGAUCUCAAGGUCGUCCUAAUGUCUGCCACUGUGGACGCUCAAAAGUUCUCGAGGUACUUGGAUAAUGCACCCAUCGUUUCUGUACCUGGACGCACCCAUCCCGUGCAAGCGAAGUUCCUGGAGGACGCAAUCGAGCUGACAGGGUAUACGAACGAGGAUGCUGCUGUGGAGAAGGUUGUGGAGGAAGAAUCGGACAACAACGAGGAGGAAGGCAAGUCGGGAUCGCAGAAGCUGAAGGGAUACAGCUCACGCACCCUUUCGACUUUGGCCCAAUACGAUGAGUAUCGGAUCGACACAAACCUGAUUGUGAAGCUGCUGGAACAAAUAGCGCAUCGACCUGAUUACCAGAAGUUCAGCAAAGCCAUUCUGGUCUUUCUUCCAGGCCUCGCAGAGAUCCGGCAGCUCAACGACAUGCUACUUGGCCAUCAAUCCUUCUCACGAGACUGGCGCGUACAUGCACUGCAUUCGACCUUCUCGAGCGAGGACCAGCAAGCAGCGUUCGAUAUACCGCCACCAGGAGUCAGGAAGGUUGUCAUCGCCACGAACAUCGCAGAGACCGGCAUCACGAUUCCGGACGUUACAUGCGUGAUAGACACCGGCAAGCACCGUGAGAUGCGGUUUGACGAGCGCCGCCAGAUGUCUCGGCUCACGCAGUCGUUCGUUGCUCGUGCAAACGCAAAGCAGCGACGAGGUCGUGCUGGACGUGUACAGGAGGGCAUGUGCUUCCACUUGUUCACUCGCUACCGCUUCGAGAAUCUUAUGGCCGAGCAACAGAGUCCGGAGAUGCUGAGGCUGUCGCUGCAAGAUCUUGUGAUGAGGGUCAAGAUCUGCCGACUCGGCAACAUUGAGGACGCUCUCGCUGAAGCUCUGGACCCGCCAUCGAGCAAGAAUGUGCGACGAGCGAUUGACGCACUCAUUGACGUUGGCGCACUCACGGAUGGCGAACAGCUAACACCUCUUGGAAAUCAACUGGCGAAGCUGCCGUUGGAUGCUCAACUCGGCAAGCUGAUACUGUACGGAGCGGCGUUUGGCUGUCUGGAUUUUGCUCUCACCGUUGCUGCGACCCUUACCUCGAAGACGCCAUUCUUAUCACCCCUCCAUGCAAAGAAGCAGGCCGACACAGUCCGCCUAGGUUUCAAGCGAGGCGACUCCGACCUCCUCACCCUCUACAACGCCUACAACGCCUGGCGCAAAGUCUGCACCACCUCCGGGCUCUCCGAGCGCCACUUCUGCAACAAGAACUUCCUCAGCCCGCAGAAUCUCGCCAACAUCGAAGACCUCAAAGCCCAACUCCUCACCUCCCUCGCCGACACGGGCUUCGUUGACCUCGGACCCAGCGAGCGACAAGCCCUCAACCGCAUCCGUCCGGGCCAGCGCCAACGGAACUUUGUCUCCCUCCCACCGCAAUACACCAAAUGUGACGACGACGACGCCCUCGCUUCGUCGGUAGUCGCCUGGUCCUUCUACCCGAAGAUCGUCAAAGCAGAAGGCAAAGGCUGGCGCAACAUCGCGAACAACGCCUCGCUGGGCCUCCACCCGACCUCCGUCAACAAAGGCACCCACUCAGCCGACAUCAGAUACCUCUCCUUCUACAGCAUCAUGCAGAGCAGCUCCAAAUACACCAAUGCGCAAGAAACCUCGCCCGUAUCAGAUUUCGCGCUGAUACUGCUUGCAGGAGACGCGGUCUUCCAUAUGUACGCCGGGACUAAGAUUCAAGGUGAGGGAUUGGAAGACUAUGGUUGCGUUGAAGAUUAUGCGGGCGAGGGUGCGGGAGGCGAUGGGGAGGUUGUUUAA